AUGCCAAUCAUGAACGAAGGUCAACAUUCGACCUUACAUCUUGGGCUUGCAGGGAUAUAUCCCUUAACUGAAGAUAACAAAAAAAGUUACACCCAUAUAUCAUCAAGAUCCGACUAUCUCUCUACACAUAGAUUGACUUUUUACCAUCAUCCUCAGUUCGUCCCAGCCGAAAGUGCUCAUGAAGAUCGUUCAACUCGAAAACCCAUUCUGAUAAGCGAUCUCGAUUGUUUCAAGACUGGAUUUCAACAACAGAGCCAAUACGAAAUCUCGCCGCUUUUAGUUCGCAAUGCUCCUCUGAGACAAACCAGUUCGGACGACGAAGAGUCAAGGAGAGACGAAGAGCUCGACUGUACUGAGAGCGCACUGCAUUCGAUCUAUGUCGUUGCCGGACCUACCUACGAGCUCAGUGGCGGUGAAAUCGAAAGCAACUUUGUUGGUACGUCAACCCCAGCCGCAAGUACUGGCAAUAAAGUCAAGGUAAAAAUUCGACAGGAGCAUUCGUUCACUCUAGAUUCUCUGGCCGAGAGAGUACAUGAAGGACAAAUGAGAGAAAUUAUUACAGAUAUAUUGUCGAGAUUUUACACGAUCGAACUAGGCAUCAGAUCCACGAGAUCCAUGAUCCCUGAAUUACAGAGAAUAAUGACCGGCGAAUACAAGCAGAAUGACGAAUUGGUGUCUUUGCCAAUUACUGCCUUUUCUGAACCCGAUCAUAAGCGGUAUGAUUGGAGCACGCAGAAUGUCCAUUCAAAACUGGAUAUUGAAUUUCUCAUCGAUUCGCCCAAUACCAAAGUUUUUUCGUUCUACGAUAAGGAUCACAGCAAGCAGGCUCUAACCAGGGUGUUACAGGAUAAGAAGUUCAUUUUGGAUGCAGCUUCGUCGCUGAUAAUCGAGGCAGAAGUAGUGGAAGAUGGGCAAAGUGAAGGAGGGCAGAACACCGGUCAAUUGACAGACAGACCACUAUCAUAUACAGAGUCCCUUCGUUCGAGGGCUCUAGAUAUCCAAGUGUAUAACCAGGCUCAAGAGCUCGAGUUUGAAAGAGCCAUUAUGUUUGGCACUGGGCCGUAA